CUUCUCUUCCAGUACUCAUCAACUUUAUUUGUCUCGUCUGUCUUACGUGCAAAUGAGAAUAAUUAAAGUGCCAUUACAAAGCUUACUGAAAGCAGAGCUGAUUGAGCUGAAGUUUUCUCCUUUAUUCAGCUAAAACACCUCAAAGGUGCCAAAACCAGCAGCCAUGGCCACAGCGCAGUCGGUGUUGCUUCUAGCAGUGCACAUUCUGCUCAUCUCCGAGUUCAUCCUGGCCAAGAGAGACUACUACGACAUACUGGGGGUGACCAAAGAUGCCACUGAGCGCCAGAUCAAGAAGGCCUUCCACAAGCUCGCCCUGAAGUACCAUCCUGACCGAAACAAGGGCCCGGACGCCGAGGCGAAGUUUAGAGAAAUAGCUGAAGCUUACGAGACACUAUCAGACGAUAAGAGGAGGCGAGAGUACGACCAGUUUGGUCACGGCCCGUCACCAGGGGAGGGCCAUGGAGGAGGAGGGGGAGGAGGUGGCAACUACAACUUCAACCAGCACUACCAGUCCUUUAACUUCAACUUUGAUGACAUCUUCAAAGACUUUGACCAUUUUGGUCAGCAGCAACGACACCAGCACCACUUCCACUCCCAGAAUCAGGCCCACCAAAAGAGACACUUUGACAGCCACUUCCAGGCUCAUCGGGAGACUAUGAACAGACAGAGGAGGCAGUUUCAGCAGGGGGGCUUUGGCGGAGGACUCUUUGACGACAUGUUUGAGGACUUGGAGAAGAUGUUCUCCUUUAACACGCACAGUUCCAGGACUGAGAGCAGAUUCCAGGGUUCGGGAAAGCAGCACUGUAGGACAGUGACCCAGCGUAGGGGGAACAUGGUGACCACCUUCACCGACUGCUCCUGAGAGGAGCAGAACAUGAUGCUCUAUGGGACACUGCUGGGUUUUGUUUCUGUUGUGGUUUUGGAAUUGAGUGCUAAUUUAUCACUUGGAGGAAUACAGAAUGGUUUUGUGUGGCUUGUUUUUUGUAAUUUUCUGUGUGUAAUUUCCUUUUAGGAACAAAUAUCCAAGUUGGCCUGAUAAACGGCUGCUUCCGAGCAAUAACUCACGCACAUUAUUGCUGAUAGCACGACAUAAGUCUCAUGCUGAUUAAGAUACCUCCCCAUUAUUUAGCUUACCGUGUUCAUUAUGUUUACUUGUGUUCAUUUCUCAUGAUGGUACAAUCUGUUAGACUCAGGUAUGGCCUAAGGUUAAAAGAUCAUUUGAAUUAAAAAGAUUUUUUUUGGAGCAAUGAAGCAAUAAGAUUUUGUCAUUCUGCAGCUACUUAGGCCAUACUGUUAUUGUGCUCUUAACGUAAAUCUUUUGCUAAUGUAAAACCAGGCUUUGCUCAUCUAAACAUAGUAUACCCUGGCCUUGUACAUGUUAUCUCUUGGUUUUUACUCAGUAGCUUAAAGAUUACACAGUUUAAGUUUCACGGAUGUUGAUUUAUAGAACUUGCAUCAAAUUUUGCUGUGAAAAUGGAGCUACACAGAAGAUGUGCGCAAGUUGGCCAUUAUCAACUGUUACCUCGUUUUAAGUUUCUUCCUACAGAGUUGCGUCUACCUUCACUCAGUCAGGGUGGGAAAUCAACAUCAGUCCUAUGACAAAUGCUGAUCUGUCAGUUUCCUGAACUGAUCAUAACGUGCAAUAUUUAGCACCUUUUGCUCUUCAUGUUGCCUAUCUUUCAUAGACAGUGCUGUGUAAAUGUCAUUGUCUUAUGUCUGCACUUUGUGUGUGUGUGUGUGAGUGUGAGUGUGUGUGUUUGUUUGUUUGUAUGCUGAGAGUGGCCUAAAUGUUGAUUGGUCGCAUAAUAGUCGGAGAAUUAAUAAAAAAGUUACACGAG